AUGAUUAUUCCCAAAGCAGACUUUGACCGUGUCUUUUUGGGACACGAGCUUGAGAAACCUGUUCCGCUUCAGAUGAAACUCCACAUUCAAAUCUUCAUACUCGGUCGGCUGAGGGGAAGUCUUGCUGAUUCCGCCAAAAACACAACAGACCCGGGCACCGGCAAGCCCUGGACGAGCUGCCCCAUCAACGAUGCUUCCGACGUCGACGCUGCCGUGCAGAGUGCGCACUCAUGCUUCGAAUCGUAUCGCAAGGUCACGCCACGCCAGCGUGCCCAGUGGCUGUUCAAGUGGGACUCGCUGAUCCGUGAGAACCGCGACGACCUGGCCACGCUAUUGACCUACGAGACGGGCAAGCCGCUGGCCGAGGCGUAUGGAGAGCUGGACUAUUCGACCGGCUUCACCUGGUGGUUCGCCGGCGAGGCUGAACGCAUCCAAGGCACCGUCUUCACCCCUGCGCAGCCGAACCGCCGCGUCUUCACCAUCAAGCAGCCCAUCGGCGUGGCCGCCGCCCUGGUCCCCUGGAACUUUCCCAUUGCCAUGGUGCUGCGGAAGGCCAGCGCGGCCCUGGCUGCCGGCUGCACCAUGAUCGUCAAACCUUCUCCCGAGACGCCGCUCACAGCACUGACGCUUGCCCACCUGGCCUCCGAAGCCGGUUUCCCGCCAGGCGCCUUCAACGUGCUGACGACCGAUCUCGACAAAACGCCCGAGCUGUCCGAAGCGCUGACACGGCACCCUCUGGUCAAGAAGGUCACCUUCACGGGGAGCACGCGCGUCGGCAAGAUCGUCGCCCGCAACGCCGCCGACGGCCUCAAGAAGGUCACGCUCGAGCUGGGCGGCAACUGCCCCGUCCUCGUCUUCGAUGACGCCUCGCUCGACCAGACCAUGGCCCAGCUCUGCCCCCUCAAGUGGCGCCACGCCGGCCAGGCCUGCAUCACCGCCAACCGCAUCUACGUCCAGUCUGGCAUCUAUGACGACUUCCUCAAGCGCUUCAGCGCCGAGACCGCGAAGCUCAACAUCGGCCACGGCGCCGCCGACGGGACGAGCUUGGGCCCCGUCACCACAUCUCGCGGGCUCGACAAGGCGGAGAAGGUCGUCAAGGAUGCGGCGGACAAGGGGGCGAAGGUCAUCACCGGCGGCAAGCGGGUCGAGGGCAAGGGCGGAUACUUCUUCGAGCCGACGAUCCUGACCGAUAUGAAGCCGAAUAUGCUGGUCUCGUGUGAGGAAAUCUUCGCACCCGUGGCAGCCAUAUACCGCUUCGAUGCCGAAGAGGAGGCGGUGAAGGCUGCAAACGACACGAGCAUGGGGCUGGCGUCGUAUUGCUUCACCAAGAGUGUGGAUCGCAUUUGGCGGAUGCUAGAGAAUCUUGAAGCUGGGAUGAUAGGAUUGAACACCGGUAAUUCGUCGGCGGCCGAGUCGCCAUUCGGCGGCAUCAAAGAGUCGGGCUACGGAAAGGAGUCUGGAAAGGAUGUUGCUGUCAAUGAAUACCUGGUCACUAAGACCGGCACUUUGACUCUGGAGGGUCAGUACUGA